AUGGCUUUUAUCACACUUAUCGCAUCAGUUCUGGUGGCGAGCCGUCUCACUGCUGGAUACUUGAUCGCCCCCUCUGGCACCGCAUUCCCCGGGGCGAACUCAGACUGCAGUGAAUGGGUUACCUACACGACCGGCUUGACCUGUGCCGACAUCGAGGCCACAUACUCGAUCACCGAAGAGGAUUUUCUUGCAUGGAAUCCCUACCUCUCGCUACUGUACACCGACUGCAACCUGGUUGCGGGUUAUGACUACUGCGUGGACAUCAACUUUGAGACCUUCGGGACCACUUCGUCCUCAUCAACCUCGUCGACCUCGUCCACAACAUCGCAGGCAUCCACUUCAUCUGUCGCGAGUACUUUGAUCACAAGCACCAUCUCUGCUUCCACGACCGGAUCUGCGACCGUGGCGAGCGCGGGAAUCACCACGCCCUCGCCCAUCCAAACGGGCAUGACCGCCACAUGCGAUGAGUUCUACCUCGUGGUCUCCGGAGACACGUGCGCGGCCAUUGCGUCCGAUGCGGGCAUCGCACUGUCUGACUUCUACGCCUGGAACCCUGCGGUUGGUAGCAGCUGCGCGGACCUCGAUAUCGGUGAUUAUGUGUGCAUCGGGGCAACGGGGAGUGCAAUCUCCUCUACAGCAGCAACAGCCACGGUCACCAGCAGCGGUACUGGCAUUGUUACGCCUGCGCCAAUUCAGACGGGCAUGACCGCCACCUGCGACGCGUUUCACCUCGUCAUCUCCGGAGACACGUGCGCAGCCAUUGCGUCCGAUGCGGGAAUCGCACUGUCUGACUUCUACGCCUGGAACCCUGCGGUUGGUAGCAGUUGCGCUGACCUCGAUGUUGGUGAUUAUGUGUGCAUCGGGGCGACUGGGAUUGUAACCUCGGCCACCGCCACCAGCAGCGGCACUGGCAUCGUCACGCCCGCCCCGAUUCAGACGGGUAUGACCGCGACCUGCGAUGCGUUUCAUCUCGUGGUCACCGGAGAUACCUGCUCGGUCAUUGCGUCCGACGCGGGAAUCGCACUGACUGAUUUCUACGCCUGGAACCCUGCUGUCAGUAGCAGCUGCGCGGACCUGGACGUGGGCGAUUAUGUGUGCGUCGGAAUAGAGGGAGACACUGCCACUGCCACUGCGACGACGACGACGGCGACGACAACCGGUAACGGAGUCACGACCCCCACACCGAUCCAGACGGGCAUGGUGUCGGACUGCGAUUCCUUCUACUACGUGGUCACUGGGGACGGCUGCUCGAGCAUCGCGAGCGCGGAGGGGGUCACCGUGGCUGAAUUGGAGGAGUGGAACCCGGCCAUUGGGACGGAUUGCACGGAUUUGUGGACCGAAACCUAUAUUUGCGUAGGAAUCUUGUAG